AGUCUUCUUGCUUGUGUUGUAUUCAACUUCCCUUACCUGCAAAGACAGACAGAGAGAGAGAACACAAAGCAAAGAACAAGAAUAACGUGGCACAUAGGAAAACAAACAAACAAACCAAAACUGAAAAGUUUAAAACCGAACACCUUCUCUCUUUCCAUUCUUUCUCCACCAAAUCUUCUUCAAAUUUGCUUCCUUUUUAGAUUCUCCGGUUUUGUUCUCAGAACCAAUGGCUUUUUCCUUCUAACUUUGAAGCUAUGAGUUGGAAAAGUAGAGGAGAGGUUGUUCCUGUUCCUAGAAGCUUCAUGUCUCAGAAAUGGAUGAUUUUCUUGUGUAUUGGAAGCUUCUGUGCUGGCAUGUUUUUCACCAACAGAAUGUGGACUAUUCCUGAACCUAAAGGACUUGCAAGGACAACAGCAAUGGAAGCUGAACAAUUAAAUUUAGUAUCAGAGGGUUGUAAUUCAAGAAUUUUGCAAGAGAAGGAAGUGAAGCGCGAAAUUAAAGGCGAUUUCAAGACACAAAAAUCCAUACAAAAUUUGGACAAGACUAUUUCGAAUUUGGAAUUGGAACUAGCUUCUGCUAAAGCAACACAAGAGUCUUUAAAAAGUGGUGCUCCUGUGUCAGAAGAUUUCAAGACUAAUGAAUCAAGUGGUAGAAGAAGGUACUUAAUGGUUAUAGGAAUCAACACUGCUUUUAGCAGCAGAAAAAGAAGAGACUCGAUUCGCGCUACUUGGAUGCCACAAGGUGAGAAAAGAAAGAAACUAGAAGAAGAGAAGGGAAUUAUUAUCCGCUUCGUGAUUGGACACGGUGCCACAACAGGAGGCAUCCUAGAUAGAGCUAUUGAAGCAGAAGAUAGUAAACAUGGAGAUUUUCUGAGACUGGAUCAUGUUGAAGGAUACCUCGAAUUAUCCGCAAAAACAAAGACCUACUUUGCAACGGCUGUUAAUAUGUGGGAUGCUGAUUUUUAUAUCAAAGUUGAUGAUGAUGUUCAUGUAAAUAUAGCAACACUCGGUGAAACACUAGUUAGACAUCGAACGAAACCGCGAGUAUACAUCGGGUGCAUGAAAUCUGGACCUGUUCUUUCUCAAAAAGGAGUAAGGUACCAUGAACCGGAAUUUUGGAAAUUUGGCGAGACAGGAAACAAGUACUUUCGUCACGCCACAGGACAAUUAUACGCUGUUUCAAAAGAUCUUGCUACAUAUAUUGCAACAAACAAGAAUGUUCUUCACAAGUACGCAAAUGAAGACGUUUCAUUAGGAGCUUGGUUUAUUGGACUCGAUGUGGAACACAUCGAUGAUCGUAGACUAUGUUGCGGUACACCACCAGAUUGUGAAUGGAAGGCACAAGCAGGAAAUGUUUGUGUUGCUUCAUUUGAUUGGACAUGCAGUGGAAUUUGUAGGUCACAUGAAAGGAUUAAAGAAGUCCACAAAAAAUGUGGAGAAGGUGAAAAGGCUUUGUGGGAUGCUUCUUUUUAGGAGACAUAUAUCUUGAAGUUCUUCCUAACUCAGGAAGAUUAUAACUAUAGCAAUGAACUUUUUAGGUUGCAAUAGUUUUUUUUUUUUUUCUAUAUGUUUUAGAAUUAUAGAAAUUUUUUACUUGAAUUACAUGAGAGCAGGAAAUAGAGAAAGGAAGAGAAAAGAAAAAGAAAGAAAAAUGAGCCUUGUGCAAUUUUUAAUAAAAGGAGAUUAACCAUUGUAGUUACUAGAAUAGAAAGAAUAGGCCAUUUUAUAAUAUGUUAAUAGUUCUAUGCCUAUCAUCAUUCUAAUAAAUAUAUAGAUGAUAAAUAUUUUGUUGGCUGUUGAGGCCAUUCCUUUCAUUUAA